CGAGAGUGUAUUGUGUAGUGUUCGGUUGGCUUAAUUCGAAUUGCGAAAAUUUCAUCUGCCUGACCGCCUACACGUUUUUAUAAAUAAACAUUCGUGUUUAGUGCAACAGUUAUUGGAUUUGUGUGGCAAAAUGUCCAACGCACCGGUGAAAAAAGUCCCCAUACAUUUACAGAGUUCCCAGAACCGUCUGCUUAUCAAAAAUGGCCAAGUGGUCAACUAUGACGGCAUGGAAGAUGCCGAUGUUUACAUUGAAGAUGGAAUCAUCAAACAAGUCGGCCGGAACCUGAUCAUCCCUGGUGGCACCAGAAUCAUCGAUGCGACACGCAAGCUGGUGAUGCCUGGUGGCAUCGACCCCCACACCCAUUUCGAGCUGGAGAUGAUGGGCGCCAAGGCGGCUGAUGACUUCUACAAGGGCACCAGAGCGGCUGUCGCGGGUGGCACCACCACUGUCCUUGACUUCGUUCUACCAGAAAAAGGACAAUCAUUAGUGGAAGCUUACAACAAUUGGAGAGAAAAGGCGGAUAACAAGGUCUGCUGUGACUACGGACUCCAUGUAGGCGUGACUUGGUGGUCACCAUCUGUGAAGAAGGAGAUGCAACAACUGGUUGCGGAGCACGGUAUCAACUCCUUCAAGAUGUUCAUGGCCUACAAGGACACCUGGAUGCUGAACGACUACGACCUCUGCCAGGCCUUCGAGACCUGCGCCGAACUAAAAGCUUUACCUCAGGUCCACGCAGAAAAUGGUCACAUAAUAGCUCGCAACACAGAAAAGCUACUCGCUGCCGGCGUCACCACUCCUGAGGGUCAUGAACUCUCGCGUGAUGAGGAGGUAGAGGCAGAAGCCGUCAAUAGAGCCUGCGUUAUCGCUAACCAGAUGAAUUCGCCGCUGUACAUAGUGCACAUGAUGUCGAAAAGCGCGGUAGAUGCUUUACGGCUCGCUCGUUCCAAGCAAAAGCAGCCCAUUUUCGGUGAAACUCUUGCAGCUACAGUCGGUACAGAUGGUUCUCACUACAAGAACGCUUGCUUCCGCCACGCGGCUGCGCACGUACUUUCUCCGCCCCUUCGCUCCGACCCCUACACCCCCGAGGCGAUCAUAGAGGCACUUGCUGUUGACGACCUGCAGCUGAUCGGCAGUGAUAAUUGCACCUUCAAUGAGAAAGACAAAGAGAGGGGAAAGGACGACUUCUCCAAGAUACCCAACGGUGUCAACGGCGUCGAAGACCGCAUGGCCGUGCUAUGGCAGAAAGCUGUUAACUCAGGCCUGAUGGACCCGUGCCGGUUCGUGGCGGUGACCAGCACCAACGCGGCGCGUAUCUUCAACCUGUGGCCGGCCAAGGGGCGAGUGGCGGUGGGCAGCGACGCCGACGUGGUGGUGUGGGACCCGCAGCUUGAGCGAACCAUCUCCGCCGCGACGCACCACCACGCCCUCAACUUUAACAUAUUCGAGGGCACACACGUCGUCGGGAGCCCUCAGUACGUUAUAGUUAACGGCCGAGUCUGUCUAGACGACGGAGAGUUAAGAGUUGCUGAAGGUCUUGGAAAAUUCCUGCCUACUCCCGCGAACUCCCCUUACGUUUAUGGAGGGAAGGCACCCUCCACUCCACAGUCUACUACUCUUCACUACGCGCCCGACUCGUCGCCCGCCAGGGUCACUAAUGGAACACCUACCGAGUUAGACCUGGUGAACAAACAGCUAGAUGGUCUGUCGGUGUCUGGUUGCAGCACCCCGACGGGCCGCAAGAUGCGAGAACCCGGCCAGAGGAACCUGCAGAACUCCACCUUCUCCAUCAGCAAGGAGGUAGAAGGCCUGGACACGAAGACAUCUGUGCGGGUGCGAAAUCCCCCUGGCGGCAAAUCGUCCGGCCUGUGGUAAACAGCACCGGGACAUGACAGGCACGUGACCGGCACGCAACCGGACCGGAUAGCUUGCGGCGCUAGUUAUGCUUGUUUGUGGAAAAAUUUCAUUAUUAUUACGUCAUAUAAUCGUUUUAUUUAUUCAGUGAUAUAGCAGUGGUAUCCUAAUUGGAUAUUUAAUUUGAUUCUAUUUUGGAUGAAAUUAAACAAUAUCUAUGAAACUCCAUCCAUCUGCAAUUACGUUAUACCUACGCUCCGCAGCUUAUUGUGUUUUUUGUCAUACUGACGGUUUGUCAAAAUUCAAAAAUCAUUUAUUUCAAGUAGGCCUAAUAUAAGUACUUUUGAAACGUCAAGUAUGUCUGUGUGUAGUGACUAUA